GUGUGUGUGUGUGUGUCUCUGUGUGUGCCGUCCUGUCUGGCUCCUGUCCGCACCAGCACGGCACGGCACGCCACGGCUCAGCGUCACACAUACGCACGGAGGCAGAGGGAGGGACGGCGAGCCGCAUCAGCAGCGCUGUCGCUGCGCACAAAACAAACCAUCCGUGUGUCAACAGCCCGCUGCCAGCGUUCCCCUGCGCUCCGCUCCGGGUGGAUUUACUGUGGCGUCUGCUGCAGCAGCGAGGAGGGGGACUAGAGCUGGUAGAACCGCUGCAGCGGGAAGGUCAGGAGCGGACUGAGUCAGGGACCCCGUCCGGGACCCCGCCCGGCCGCAGCUUCCCCCCGCUGCGCUGGAGCUCACCGACGAUUGAAGGUGUCAUCCAGAGAUCCCAAGGAGGGAGAUGACCCAUCUGGUUAAAUGAAUGAAAGGACAGAGUAAAGGAACAACAAAAGAAGAGCAAGAGGCAAAGAAGGAGAGGAACAUCCAGCAGAGGAGAACAAAGGGAAACAGGAGGAGGAGAGUGGGAAAUGUGGGGAGCUCCAUGAAGACUGAGAGAGAAUAGGUAUAAACAGUAAGCAUUAUAGGGAGGAAAAAAAGUCUUGAAAGAGACGGACAGGGCCGAAAGUGAAAGAGGGGAAGCCACAGAGGGCGAAGAAGCUCGGAGCUUUGGAAAAGUAGGAAGGUAAAGCGAAGGACUGGUUGAGGGAGGGAAGAAACAUCUGGAUGGUCUCCACAGGGACAGCCAGCAGGUUACCGUCCCUUCGAAGAUGGCCUCCAACUUCAAUGACAUCGUCAAGCAGGGCUACGUACGCAUGCGGAGCCGCAAGCUGGGGAUCUAUCGGCGUUGCUGGCUGGUGUUCAAGAAGUCUUCCAGUAAAGGACCUCGUCGUCUGGAGAAAUACCCUGACGAGAAGUCUGCCUACAUCAGAGCCUGUCCUAAGGUGACAGAGAUUAGCAACGUCAAGAAUGUCACACGGUUACCUCGAGAUACCAAGCGGCAGGCGGUGGCCAUUGUCUUUACAGAUGACACCUCACGCACCUUCACCUGUGAAUCAGAGUUGGAGGCAGAGGACUGGUUUAAGACACUGUCAAUCGAGUGUCUGGGCACACGGCUCAAUGACAUCAGCAUGGGAGAGCCUGACCUCCUGGCUGCUGGAGUGCAGUGUGAACACACAGAGCGUUUCAACGUGUUCCUCCUCCCCUGUCCCAACUUGGACAUCUACGGGGAGUGCAUGAUGCAGAUCACCCAUGAGAACAUUUACCUGUGGGACAUCCACAACCCUCGCACCAAGCUGGUCACCUGGCCGCUCUGCUCCCUGCGGCGCUACGGACGUGACGCCACCCGCUUCACCUUCGAGGCCGGACGGAUGUGUGACAGCGGUGAAGGCCUGUACACCUUCCAGACCAGAGAGGGAGAGCAGAUCUACCAAAGGGUUCAUUCCUCAACGCUGGCCAUAGCAGAGCAGCACAAGAAGGUCCUGCUGGAGAUGGAGAAAAACAGCAGGUUGAUGUCUAUGGGUUCAGAACCUGGCUCCUACCCUUGCACCCCCACUGCCAUCCUGCCCCGAUCUGCUUACUGGCACCACAUUACUGGAAACCAGACCGGCAUGGAUCCUGGCAGCGGUGAUGCUGCAGAAGACGACCUGAUGUCCACCCGCCUGCCUCCUGACCGCCACUCCACGCUGCCGCUGGCAAAUACACAUGCACAGUCCCAGCCGCACAUACACACACACUCCCCGACACACUACCCCACAUACCCUGGACAGUGACACACACACAGAAGAAGACAUGGACGCUGAAUAAGAUGCAGACACAAACACACAUACCUACAAUGCAUGCAGGCACACACAAUUCACUGAGAGAAACAAACACUCUCCCUCCUUGUAUGAGUUUUACAGCCCAACGUUACACCUCAUGGAAAAUGUUUUAGGUGGGACUAACACUGGCCGACUGACCAUCCUGAAUGCAGAAAGCAGGAAGUGACAUUCCACAGAAGACUGCAAGGAGGUUGGGCUUCCUUACAUGACUGCAGCUCCCACAAUUCCACAAUAAAUUUGGGAUAUUUGGCGUUUUUCCGCACUGAGGCCGAGAACCUCUGCCUGGCAGAAUGGCAUUGCCCACUGAUUGAAGUAAGGACUAAAGGCUCUCAGUAUGCUUUAAACCAGCUAGUUUGUAUUAUGUUGUCCAACCAGGUCUAAAGGCAUAAGUGGUUCUACCUGUGCCACUCUGGAGGGUGGGGUGAAAAACCAUAAAGAGCAGUUUGCCAGGAGUUUUAAACAGAAUUGUUACUACAGGUUUUUAUUGAAAUAAUGACUAAAAUAAUAAAUCUCUGUAGAUACAGCUGGUAGCAUGUUACUUUGCACUGGUUCUCCUCACACCACAACUCAAUUUGUCACUGCUGGCUGAAUAGAUAUCAGUGUAAGGCAGAAACCUUGAAUAUCCAAAACCAUUACUUUUCAGGAAAUUACAUUUUUUUUGUUUUGUCAAAAGUUUGUAUUGUUGUUGGUUUCAAUACUUUCCAUUGGUUAAAUAUAUGUAAAACCCACAAACAGUAAAGGGUGACCAAUGGCAUUGAUUUAUGAAAUAUGGAAAUAUGAGGUUUCUGUCUGACAGCAACGAUAUCAAUAGGUAUUUGCUACCUUAUCAUCCAUAUACAGUGCUGCAAAAAUAUUUGCCCCCUUCAUGGUUUCUUAUUUAUUUGCAUAUUUGUCAAACUUUAAUGUUUCAGAUUAAACAAAUUUAAUAUUAGACAAGGAUAACCCGGAUAAAUACAAAAUGCAGUUGUAAAAUGAUGAUUUCAUUUAUUAAGGGAAAAAAACUAUCCAAACCUAUUUGGCCCUAUGUGAAAAAGUAAUUGCCCCCUAAACCUAAUAACUUGUUGUGCCACCCUCUGCAGCAAUAACUGCAAUCAAGCAUUUUCGAUAACUAGCAAUGAGUCUUUCACAUCGCUGUGGAGGGAUUUUGCCCACUCUUCUUUGCAGAAUUGUUUUAAUUCAGCCACAUUGGAGGGUUUUCGAGCAUGAAUGGCCUGUUUAAGGUCAUGCCACAGCAUCUCAAUCGGAUUUAAGUCCGGACUUUGACUAGGCCACCCGAAAACCUUCAUUUUGUCUUUUUUAAGCCAUUCAGAGGUGGACUUGCUGGUGUGUUUCGGAUCAUUGUCCUGCUGCAUAACCCAAGUGCGCUUGAGCUUGAGGUCACAAACUGAUGAUUGGACAUUCUCCUUCAGGAGAGCAGAAUUCAUGGUUCCCUCAAUUACGGCAAGUCGUCCAGGUCUGAAGCAGCAAAGCAGCCCCAGACCAUCACAUUACCACUACCAUGUUUGACUGUUGGUAUUUACAUUAGUUUUACGCCAGAUGUAAUAGCUUCCAAAAAGUUUAACUUUUGUCUCAUCAGUCCACAGAAUAUUUCCCCAAAAGUCUUCAAUCAUCAAGAUGUUUUUUGGCAAAUGUGAGACUAGCCUUAGUGUUCUUUUUGGUCAGCAGUCGUCUCGCCUAGGAACUCUCCCAUGGAUGCCAUUUUUGCCCAGUCUCUUUCUUAUUAUUGAAUCAUGAACACUGACCUUAACUGAGGCAAGUGAGGCCUGCAGUUCUUUCGAUGUUGUUCUGGGUUCUUUUGUGACCUCCUGGAUCAGUCGUCAAUGGACUCUUGGAGUAAUUUUGGUAGGCCGGCCACUCCUGGGAAGGUUCACUACUGUUCCAAGUUUUCUCCAUUUGUGGAUAAUGGCUCUCACCGUGGUUCGCUGGAGUCCCAAAGCCUUGGAAAUGGCUUUGUAACCCUUUCCAGACUGAUAGAUGUCAAUAAUUUUGUUUCUCAUCUGUUAUAGAUUUUCUUUACAUCGCAGCAUGAUGUGUUUCUUUUUAAAAUCUUUUAGCCUACUUUACUUUGUCAGGCAGGUUCUAUUUAAGUGAUUUCUUAACAAAAUUCUUAAAAGAAAUCAUCAUUUAAAAACUGCAUUUUAUAUUUAUCUUUGUCUAAUAUGAAAACGUGUUUGAUGAUCUGAAACAUUUAAGUUUGACAAAUAUGCAAAGAAAUAAGAAAUCAGGAAGGGGGCAAAUACCUUUGCAUACCACUGUGUAUAUAUAUAUAUAUAUAUAUAUAUAUAUAUAUACACAAUAAUAUAUAUACUGAUCAUUUUUACAGUAUUCUACACCUCAUAGUUUCAUGGAGAGAACUAAGAGAAUGUAAUUUGGUCAUGAUUAGUUUUUAACUGGCGCUUUUACCUGGUUAUUAAACAGUCUCAGUUCAAUGCCUGUAUAUGAUCUACAUAAACAAACAAGACCAUCAGUAACAAAAUUGGCUAAUUUUAAAUUUAGUUAUUCUUAAUGCCUGCCACCAGGUCAGAUUCCCCUUGAAAUCAGUUAAAUGAGGCGGUAGAAACACUUCCACAUUUUUCCACAGGGGCUGCCAGAAUCAACACAAAAUGAAAGUUCCUUGUAGGGGCUUUAACAUAAAUGCUGAGUUUAAAGUAAAUAUUCAUACGUUAUUCAUUAAUUCAUGGAAACUUUACUUUCCACAUGUUGAAUUUUUGUCAGUUUUCAGAUGUGAACCAUGAAUGCCUUUGAGGAGAAACUGUGCAUAGUAAAAAAUAUGUAUCAAUAUCACAUUUGGCACAAUUCAAGACCUCAAGGCAGGCUUUUCACCCCACCUUUAAAUGCGGCUGUUCUGAACAGUUAUAAAUGCUUUUGUUAUGUGUCUGUUGACGUAGAACCUAGUUCAUUUGAAGCAUACUAAGGCCUUUGCAGACAAAACUAUAUUGUUACAAAGCUACCUGGCAAUAUUUGGUAGUGUUUUAGUGAGGAAUCUGUGAAAUGCCAAAUUUUGCUCUAGGUUUUUAUAUAUGGCAUGUAAGCAUUAGUAGGCUGGUUCUGAUGUUCUAGCUUAAGUUUCUUACCCAAAGAGUGACAAGUUCCAAAUGUCUGCCAUGGUAUUAACGUCAAUAAGGCCCAGUGUGUUCAACUAGAGUGUGGACCAGGACUGCAUGGUGCCUUAAUAGCACCACAUGGACUGUGCUAUCAUUAAUUAUUCAAAAAUACACUGACACCUAUGUGGAAGGUUCCUAGUGUACCAGUGCCAGCUGACACACUUAUAUUAAGAACACUCGAUAAUUUAACUGUAUGUCCGCAUUCGGAUCAAUGCCUUCGAUUUUGCUGAUAACUGAUGUGACUUUGCAGUUACUGGAUCUGUUUGGUGUGCUGAGGUUCUGAACCGCUCUGAACUGUGGAAUGAAACUGUGAUCACAUUCUUUUUUAUGGACUGGCUCCUGUACUAAAAUGGAUAUUCACCCUUAGAGCUUCAGACUGUCUCUGGGAUGAAUCUUUGUACACCUCCAAGUAACCACAUGCUUCUAUUGAGCUAUAUUUGCACAACCCUGUUAUUUUCUUAGGUUAUUGAAGGGUUAGAAGUGAAAGAGGGGCUUACAAUGUAGAGGUCAACAUAUAUGGAUUUUUUAAAGCCCAUACUGAUGAUACAUUUUGGACUGAACCUGCCAAUAACUGAUAUUCAGUGUCUUUACAUUUGACCGCUUGAAUGCCAGAUAUUCAUUUGUCCCUAAUAGUCUAUUUCUUACUAGAGUGACAAAACCUUAAAUUCUGAAAUCAGAAACUCUCCUAAAACACUGGGGAAAAAUAGGAAAACAUUGGAAAACACUGGCGUGCUAGAGGGCCCAAGGUCGAAAUAAACUGGGACAACGUCUUCCUCUCAUAAGAUUAGGGUUCAUUUCUGCCCUAAUGGCACACCUACAUGAUAUGUGACAUCAGGUCAAAAAUUAAGAAUGGAAAUGUCCCAUUGGGCUACAGACACAUCAUGGUUAAAUAAAGUUUUUUUGGGGCAACUUUAAGGAUAGAGGGGUUUUUUGUGCAUCACCUGGAAAUAGGACAGAGAACAUCACUUCCAGGAGUCACCCCACUUUGGGUGUCUUGUAAGGAGAGAGAUUGAUUUAAAGUUGUUCGGCGAGUCUCAUUCCCAGGCUGUCAAACACUGAUGCUAUGUUAUGGUAAAUGGGAAACAAAGAAAGUGCCUCGGAGCAAGCCACAAAACACUAUAGAUAACGUUUGUGCUUCCAGGGAGUCAAAUACCGAUGCUUUGGCAAUCCAAGGCGCUGGUAUUUGAGUACCUUUGACUCACUAUGUUACAUGUUCCCGAAAGUUUGACAAUAUGACCCAAGUUGUACGAAAUUAGAAUUAUCUUUCAAAAAUGUCCUUAUUAACAAGUGGAUGUAGCAUUUCCAGCAUCUUUGAAGGUCUUCCCAUGAUUAUUGAUCAACUCAUAUUAUCACCUUUUUGUCUGAAGUGUAUCAUAAUGAGGGGAGGACACUGAACCAGGUCUUGUAUGGGUGAAAAAUAUCUGCCUACUUUUUGUCAUGUGGCACUCCAGCAUGAAUUAUUCUUAGGGUAAUUUAUUUACAGUCUUAUCAUUGUAACCUUAAACUUCCUUAUUACCUACCCUGCUUCCCUCCACUCACCCUGGGAUUGUCCAUGUUUGACCAUUUAAGGAGGCUGUCAAAGACAGAAAAGAAGACUCUUUCGUUAAGAUGGCUACACUUUGCUACUUAUUGCCUUUGCCUUCUAUUACAUGUCUGACAAAGAACUUUUGAGUUCAUUGGUCAUUUAGUGGUUGGAGGAAGAUGAUCAGCAUGCCAGCAAGGACAGGCUACCAGAACAAGAAAAGGGUGGAUCAUGUUUUUUUCUCCCCCUUUGAUUGCUGCUUCUGUCAUGGUUUAAGACUGUUAAUGUGAUAGUGGAGAUUUCACCACAGCAAUGUGACGUCUGGGAACACACGACCACCUUUACACAAUCAUACAACGACUCGUAUCUGGAUUGUGUCUAGAUCUGAUUAAGCUUGAUUAAUGCUGGAAUCCUUGUACGAUUUACAUUUCAUAUUUAUGAUUUUAAGGUCAUUUUAACAUGACAGGGCUAAGCAUUUUGUUGAUUGUUUACAUUAUGUACAUUGUGUACUGCGUGUAGAUGUGUUUUGUGUACUAACAUAAUGCAUAACUUGAGUUUUCUCUGCCCUCUUGAGAGAGUCUUGUACAUAUUGUUAUUUAUUUCACAUGAAAUGUGUAUGUGUGUGUGUGUGUGUGUGUGUGUGUGUGUGUGUGUGUGUGUGUGUGUGUGUGCAAGAGAGAGAGAGAGUGUGACAUGAGGGAUUAUUGAAACGUGUUCAUUUAAAAUGCAGACACCAUGUUUUUGUACCUUGUAAUGUUAAACAAGAAGAUGAUAGCCGGUCCACACUUUGUCAGCGUGGCUCUUCACACAUAAAUCUGCACCUGAGUGAACAACCAGAACACAUUCAGCAUCCUGACUUCUGCACCGUCCCCUCUCACAGCGGUCUCUGAUUAAUCACAGUCAUGUUCUCUCUGUUCACGCCUGUGCCAUGUUGCUGUUUUUGACUGUUUGUUUUGUGAAAAAAGUGUAGCAGGAGGAAUCUGUCAGAGGGGUGUUUGAUAAAGAAGGCUCAGACAAGCAGGGUUUAUUGUGAAAAGCCUGUCUUGAAUGAGCUCAACACACUGAACCAGGACUAAACCAAGUCAAGUCUGAACAGCUUGUUCAUGACUUUGAAACAUCAAGCACAGAUCAUGUCAAUAAAGAAAACACACAUGUAAAGACAAAAUUGUGAUGUUCCCGACAACAGAGCAGCACAUUUUAAACAGAUAAUAUUAGGAAGAAAAUAAAAAAGCAAAAAACAAACUAACUACUGCCAUAAACAAAGGGAAGGAGAACGUUUGCCAGCAUGUUGUACUUUAUACAAGUAGGAUAAUGUAGUUUUUACGAGAACAAGUAUCAUCAAAGCAAAAUGUGUCAAUAUCUGUACUCAUAAAUAUAGCAACUUUUAUUUGAAACAUUUCUAAAACAUUGCUGUGAAGCUCAAUUCUAAGGCAGUUCUGUAAUUACACUGUAUGUUUGUUUGCUGGCCUAUCUUUUAUUGAGGUAAACAAAAACUUUUGUUGUGAAAAUAUUAAACAGUUGCAGUGAAAAGAAAGGGUUUUUUAAACACAGAUUUUUUUGGGUUUCCGAAUCUUACAGAUUCAAGUUUUUCUAAAGAAAAAAAGUCAAUGAUUAUUAGAAGAGAAGAGUUUGAGUUUGACUUUAAACUAUAAACUUAAUGAAGACAGCUGCAAGUUUUCUAAUAAAUAUAGCACUCCUGAUCAACCGAUAUCAAUUUGAAGCCUAAAAUAUUAACUUCCUGCUAGUCCCGCCCACUUCCAUUUUAAGCACCAUCUGUAUGUUACUAAAUCUGGCUCAUUCCGAGUAUGGAUACUAAUGCAAAUAAUUUAGUGGGUUGAACAGACGUGUGCUGGAUAUUAAUGCAUAAGAUGUAACAUGACACUUAACUUUGACCUAUUAAACAGGGCCCAAAAUAAGAUUUCUAAGAUUUCAGUUUCAGUCUAAUUAUGAUUAUGGUUUGUACAAGUUGCAUAAUAGCCUUUGUAUGAUACUGUUAAAAUACCUUGAGACUGGUUGUCUGUCUUUGUUGUCCAUUGUUUUUGUGAUAGUGGUGUAUCUGGGUAUCUCUUUCAUUUCUUUAAUCUAUAUGAGAGAAAGUUUUCCUUUAACUAAGGCUACAGCUGCAGGCCAAACAUAUUACCUUUAAUUUAUGUAAUAAUGACUGUUAAGUUUAACGCUCUAAAAAGAAUACACUGGCUCAACAAAAUAUUUAGGGUAACGAUUUGCAUGUAUUUUUUUCAGGAAAUCCAACUCAGCCAAGCACUUUGUAACCUUGUUUAAAUAAGUGCUAUACAAAUAAAGGUAUUUAUUAUUAUUAUUAUUUAGUAAAUAAGUUUAGUAACCAACAUGAUUUGCUUUGUCCCCUACAAGUUUAAUUAGUUGAACCAACUUCAUUUUAAUUAAGACAUUUUGAGGGGUCAAAUUACUUCAUUUAUUAUUAUAACUUUAUUAAAUAUAUUUUACUUCCAUUCUACUUGAAAUCUCCAUUCAAAUUGUUAUCCUAAUUUUUACUGUGUUGGUUUAGCAUGUUAACAUGCUAACAUUUGCUAAUUAGCACUAAACACGAAGCAUAGCUGCAGCUGAUGGGAGUGUCAUUCAUUUUGCAGUAUCAGACAAAAAGGAAAUGAUGAUGGUGUAGAUGGAACAGAUCCCGGAAGUUCUAACAACAUGAAGAUGUCUCCACUGCUCGUGGCCCUAGAGAGAAUUACUAAAGUUAGUAGGAUACAUCAUCUGAACUGAACACGACUGUUGGUACCACAUUUUGUGCCAAAGCAUCCAUAGAUUUAGAGCUGUUUCACUGAAUAAGGGAAAAUUUGACCUGUGGGUGACACUGUUGACCACCAAAGUUAGGAUUCACUAGGGGACCUUUAAUGUCUAGUCAGAUUUCAUGGCAAUCAAUAAAGAAAUGUUUUACCUGUCUGAAACAGGACCAAAGGGGUGGGCUGACCAAACCUCUUUUAUGAGACAGAAUUUCCUGGAAACAAGGUGAGGUAAGACUAGCUUUACUGGCAAUGUUGCUUUAUAAAACACCUCUCUGGGCAUAUAAGUGACACAACAAAGUGCUAAAUGGAAGAGAUGAUUGACAGAAAUGACUGGGAAAUUACAGCGCAGACAAUUUUCCUCCAGCAUGGUUUUGAAAACACCAGACGGUUGUAGUGUGUGUUUGUGAUUGUAGUGUUAUCACAAUUUAACAGUGUCAGCUCUCACCGAUGGCUAUUACCCCCCUUAGCUUUGUAACUGAUGACAAAACAUUUUCACCCAUUUACACCGUCUACUUCAAGUGCAUGUUUUGUAGAAAAAUAAAGUCUGUUACUCACUCAA